AUGUUUCUUCGCACCGUCUCUCGCGCUGUUCCUCGCAGCACCGCGGCCAUCCGUGUCGCCCCUGCCUCUGUGAACGCCAUCCAGACCCGCGCUGCCUCUGACCAUGCCAUCGCCAACCCCACUCUCGCCAGCAUCGAGAAGCGCUGGGAGGGUAUGCCUCCUCAGGAGCAGGCCGAGCUCUGGAUGCAGCUCCGUGACCGCAUGAAGGUUGAUUGGCACCAGUUGACCCAGCAAGAGAAGAAGGCCGCUUACUACAUUGCCUUCGGUGCCCACGGCCCCCGCGCCCAGGCCCCCAAGGGCGAAGGCUGGCGUGUCUUGAGCAAGGUUGUGCAGCUGACCGUUGCCUCCGUUGCCAUCUUCUACGCCGUCCACGCCUUCGCUGGCAAGCAGCCCGCUACUAUGUCCAAGGAGUGGCAGGAGGCCUCCAACGAAUAUGCCCUGAAAGAGAAGAUCAACCCCAUCCACGGCAUCAGCAAAGAGGGUUACGAAGGCAAGGGCUUCGUCCAGAGCCCCCCUGCCGAGAAGUCAUAG